UCAAGCUAAGAGUAGAAGCUAAUACUUGACAUACCAAACUGUGAGCUGCAAUCCAUUUUGAGAUGGAAAAUGCUAUAUUGUCCUUGGAGGGGUCUUAUUCUGAAGUUGAAGAAAAGUCAAGUUCUGCAAAUAAAAGUUCUGAAAGUGUGGAUGGAGGCAAGACAUGGAAGCAAACUCCGUUCUAUUGUUCUGAUGGAUUGGGACCGUCUGCUGGUGUCGAUUUUCUUUGUUCGGAGGAUGAAGUGCUGUAUCAAGACGAGCGAGAAUUGCAAGAUCAAACAUUGUUGGGUUAUGCAGCUUUUGAUGAACUCAAAUUUGAUGGCUUGUCUCCGUCUACACAGAAUUGUCAGGAGGAGAUCACAAAGCUUGGUGAAAUCGUCCAAAAUGGGAAUCUAGACAGCGAAUACAAGAAGGGCAAACGAUCUGAGGAUUUGCAUUUAGCUUCUCUUGAGCUGCUAAGAAGAUUUGGUAAUGGGUUCAGACACUUCGAGAGUGGAAGGAUAGUUGAGUCAACUUAUGAUGCACCACCGUACACAGCGGUGGAGAGCCGGGGAUUCUCAACAGAAGAAAUCAUGGGGAUUGCUGGUGCGAAGUUUAUCCAGUCUGCUUCCCAAUCAGUUGAUGUUUCCUCUAUGUUUGACAAUCCCUUCGAUCUUUCUUUGGCUGGUCUUUCCCACGAGGAUGCCAAAAUGGUGGAGCUCUCUGAGUUCCUUUUGGCUUCUGCUGAGAAAGUAAGUUGUGAACAGUUUGACAGUGCGCGGAGACUACUCAAACAUUGCGAAGGAUGUUCUUCUGAUGUUGGAAAUCCAGUCGAAAGAGUAGUUUAUUAUUUCUCUGAAGCUCUUCGAGAGAGAAUUGAAAUAAAAUCUGGAAGAGUUACUUCAAAGGGCUUGAAGAAGAAUCAAUCAGUUCAUAUCUAUGAUACAAUGAAGACUUCAAAGCAAUCAUUUGAUAUGGACACUGCAAUGAUGAGGCCGAACCCGGCCAUUCUGGAAUGUCAAAGAUUAAUGCCCUUUUGUCAGAUAUCGCAUUUUGCAGGAAUACAAGCCAUUGUGGAGAAUGUGGCUGAGGCGAAAAGGAUUCACAUAAUUGAUCUUGUAAUCAGGAAUGGCGCACAAUGGGCAAUCUUAAUGCAAGCUUUAGCAUCUCGGUUUGGGUGCCCUCUUGAGCUUCUCAAGAUAACUGCUAUUGGGACGACUUCAAAGCAUUUAAUCGAGGAUACAGGGAGGUGGCUAAAGAGUUUUGCGCAGACCAUGAACAUACCAUUUUCUUUUAAGAUAGUAAUGGUUUCGGACCUUUUGGAUCUGAAAGAGAAUCUAUUAGAGAUAGAUGUUGAAGAAAAAAUAGCUGUUUACUCUUCAUAUCUACCACGGAAAUUGAUUGCAAUGCCAAAUCGGCUGGACUCUAUGAUGAAAAUGAUCAGAAACAUCAAUCCAUGUAUAAUGGUGGUCACCGAAGUAGAGGCAAAUCACAAUGCACCAUCUUUUGUGCAUCGUUUUGUUGAUUUACUGUUUUACUACAGUGCAUAUUUUGACUGCCUUGAUGCUUGUAUGGAAAGGGAUGAUCCAAAUAGGAUGAUUACGGAGUCAAUGUAUUUUGGUGAAGGAAUCAGAAACAGUGUAGCUAGUGAAGGAGAGGAAAGAAUAAUUCGAAGCGUGAAGCUUGAUGUCUGGAGGGCAUUCUUUGCUCGUUUUGGCAUGGUGGAGACUGACCUAAGCUCAUCAUCGUUGUACCAAGCAAAACUGAUAGUUAAGAAAUUUAAUUUUGCAAGCUCUUUUACACUUGACGUGGACGGGAAGAGCUUGUUGUAUGGAUGGAAGGGGACACCACUCCACUCCCUUUCUACUUGGAACUUCACUUGAUCGCAAAAGGGUGUUGAUAAAAUCUGAAUCCUUUCGAGCAAUCCCUUCGAGGAUCCUUUCUGGAGUCGUUAUUGAUCGAUGAGCAGUUUCUUUCUCGAUAUAUGUUGAUUUAUGUGGAAAGGAAGAUCCCAUGCUUAAGUCAUGGUUGCUGUUCUGGAGCCCGACAAUUGUUCUCUUAACCAUAGAAUACUUCUUGUAUAAGUCCUUAUUAUCUCCAUUAAAUGUUCAGCUGCUCAAUUGUGAAACUUAAGUUUUUUUUGUUACAAUGAUAGGAAUUUCUG